AUGCUUCAAAACAACUUCUUCCCUCUCCAUCAUUCACUCUCAAUUUUUCUGAACUCUCAUAAUCUUCAAUUUCCCCUCUCUAAACUCCGUCUUCACCUCCACUCUCCAUUGUUCGAUCUUCAGUUAGUUCUCAAAGCUUCACUUCUCUCUGAUUCAUCAUACAAAGUUCAUUUUUCUCAACUUGCGAUAAUCUUCAUAAUUGUCAUCAUUUCCGCUCUUCUCCUAUCGCCAACGCACGCAACCCCCAGACCAAAGAAAGGUGAAGACAGUGAUGAGAGGAUCAAGACGAAGCAGACAAGAUCAAGAAGGACAAUAAUUGUAUUACUUCAUCUCUGGAUUUCUGAAGCGCUACCAACGUGUCUUCAAUAG